AAAGGGCAUAAAGGCGGGUAACAGACUAACAACUUCCACUACCAGAUUUUCAAACCACAUCUCUCUCUCUCUCUCUAGAACGCUCACAAAGAAGCUUCGAUCAAUUCUUUUGAAACAGUUUCAGUUUUCGUGAAAGGAUAGUUGGUAUCGCUAUAAUGGAACGUGAAGAACCAAAAUCACCCUCUCGACCAGAGGAUAGUCCGCUACACGAAUAUUCUGCAGGCGUAGCAGAAAACGUUGUAGACUUCCAGCAGUUUAUUGAUGAUGUUUCCGAGGCGCUAGAACAAGAUGAAAGUUUCAAUGUAAUGACAGCCAAAAGUUAUGCUAGGAAGAAGUCUUAUAUUGUCAAAAAGUUAUCAGAGUUAUCAUCGAUACAUACCGCGUUGGCUGAGCAAUUCGGUUAUUUGAUUGAAGACGUCAGUGCGUACUAUGCAACCCUGACGCAAAAUCCGCAUCUUGAGUCUUCAGAUUCGGACCCUCCGCAAGAUACUCAGACGCUUGCUCCUAGAUUCAGUACAGCUACUGGCUAUGAUUUACUUUUGAAAAAGGAUGGCGGUGGUUUUUAUCUUUCUAAGUCAACUGUCAAGAAGCCUGCAAUACCACCGGUCAAUGAUGAUGACAAGGACUCUAAAGCCUUACUUGAAAAGAUUUCCAAUUUGGAAGAAGAGGUGGCGAGUUUGAAACGAAAAAAUGAAAGUUUAACAGUCGAAAAUGACGAGUUGAAGAUGGAGAUUGAAGAAAAUAUAGCAGAUGACAAGGUUGAUGACAAGGUUGAUGACAAGGAUGAUGACAAGGCCCCUAAAGGCUUACUUGGAAAGAUUUCCAAAUUGGAACAAGAGGUGGCGAGUUUGAAACGAAAAAAUAAAAGUUUAACAGUCGAAAAUCGGAAGUUGAAGAAAGAUAUUGAAGCAAAUAUAGCAGAUAUGAGGCUGUACAUGUCCAAGUCUAAACGGGAAUAUAAAACAAUGGAAAACGGGUUUAACGAAUCACGAGAGAUUGUUAAGAAGCUUGAUGGACACUUGGCUGGAGUUAUAGCAGAGAAGAUAGCUAAUCAAUUAGACCAUGAGUCUGAAAUGAAAGCAAUGAAUGUGAAGGUGAACCAGUACAUGACCGAAAUUGCACAGCUGAAAGCCACACAUGAGAAGAAAGAGAAGAUCUGGAAGGGUGUUACUGGCCAGUUAAGACAGGAACUAACGGAAAAAUCUGCGUUAAUUGGUCAACAAAGUGAGCAGAUGAGCAAACUUUCUGCUGACAAGUCUUCUCAGAACACUUUAAUUGAUCAACUGAAAACUGAACUGGAUGCAGUCAAAUCUGAGAAUGCGAGGGUAAUUCCGUCCUUUGACAAUGUACAAAAACUUAUAGAUGAACUGAAGCUGAAAGUGGCGGAACUGGAUAGCGAGGUGGAGAAGCAGGUGAACGUUAAGUCAAAUAAAGAGUAGUUGUUCGGUUUACAUACUAUGUAGAUUCUCUACUUUCAUUUGUCAAAUAGAGAGUAGAUUUCGUUCAGUUUACAUACAAAGAUACUCGUGUCCGCAUCAUGCUUAUUGAUGUAGAACUUUGUAGAUUCUCGGUUUUCGUUUGUAAAUGAAUCAGGAUGUUUUCAAAA